AUGUCUGCCAACGGCGGCGUCUUGCCCUCUGGCGGCGACCAGAGCAACGGCAGCGGCGCAGACACCUUGGCCAAGAUACACGGCGCCCUCGAAGUUGUCCACAGUCCCUUCUCCGCCAACGACGCUCGCCGACAAGCGCAAUCCUUCUUAGAGGAUGUCAAAGACCUCCCGGAGGCACCUCUUCAGGGUUACAGGCUUGCAGCGGACAAGUCGCAAUCGCCCGUGGUCCGCCACUACGCCCUGUCUCUGCUUGAGCACGCAAUACGUUACAGGUGGUCUACAUACAGCGAGGAGCAAGCGACGGCGCUUCGCAACUGGGUUCUCGAGCUCAGCCAGGCGAUAUCGAGGGAGGACCCGACAUAUCUCCGGAACAAGACAGCCCAACUAUGGGUCGAAGUGGCCAAGCGGUGCUGGGGUGCCGGGUGGAUGGACAUGGAUGCCAUGCUCGUUCACCUGUGGCAGGUCCCAGACUCGGGCGUUCAUAAGGAGCUCGUCAUGUUCAUCCUCGAAACACUGUCCGACGAGGUCUUCGCCGGUGACGAUCCGGUAGUGGCGAUGAGGGAAGGCGUCCUUAGCAAGGCUUGCGUCGAGGUCUUCACGCCGACUGCCGUUUUGGUGGAGGCAUUCCCGAACCGACAGCCUGGUCCCGACGCUGCAUUGGAUGCCUUGCAUGCUCUCUACGGUCGGACAAACUUCACCGACGAGGAGUUCCAGCAGCUCGUGGCCCCCAUGUACACCCAUGCCUCGGUUGCCCUGUGCAGAGGCCUGUUCGAGUGGGCAACCGUCGAUGCCGAAGAUAUUGAUGAUGACAAGUACCAGAUCCUGAAGAAGCUUUCAGAGAUGCUGUCGUCGGUUGGCGAAUACUUUGAGCGCAAGUUUACGAAGCUGCCAUCCGACGCUGCGCAGUCUGACUUUCUGGCUCUGCUUGUGCUUGUCGUCCAGAGUCAGAGUCUCAUGGUUUCUAUUCCUAUUCUCGUGACCUGGACCAGGAUCCUGAGCCACAGGGUGCUGGGCCACAGUGAGCUGGUCACGCCACUGAUCGGGCCGCUCCUUGAAGUGUGCAGCUCAAGACUCGUACGCUACGAGAAUCUGCCGGAGGAUUCCACAGAUGCCACUUAUCUGUUUCUCAUGGAGGAUACCGACACAAUGCCAGAACGGCACGCGUUCUUGGGCAAUUAUCGCCGAUACAGCUGCCAGAUCGUCGAGCUCAUUGUACAGCUCCGGCUCGAAGAAGCCAUUUCCCACAUCCUUUCCAGCACAGAGUACUUCCUCCAGCACCUCUAUGACGGCCAGCCUGCCUUUAACAAGCAAACCUACUUCAAACAUUCCAUGCCUGCGCUUCGUGUCGACUCGCAAUUCACCCUGGUUGAGGCCGCGCUAAAGGGUUACGUCAAGUGGAAGAGAUCCCAUGCGAAGACUGAGGCCCAAAAGGCUGCUGAGGUGGAUGGCAUCUUGGCGUCCUGGUGUGACAAGCUCCUCCAGUUGAACUUUGACGAUCCUCUGAUUCGCAAGAGAAAGCUUCAGCUGCUCGUCUACUUCUCUACCACCGCCCUGAACAAAAAUACCGAUGUCAUGCUCAAGGUCCUCGAGCACAUCCUUGUGACUUGGCCCAAUCUGGAGCCCGACUUCAGAGCGUUCAACGACGCCGUCAAAGACCUUCAAGGGGAGAGCAUGAUAGAACUGCAACGUCUGGCAGCAGAGAUGCCUGAUCACCUACUUAAUGUAUACGACCAGAUCGAGGCCCGCGUGAACGAAAUGAUGUCUUCUGGCGCUUUAGACGAGAAGCGAUCUCUCGCGUACAAGAGCUUCCUCUUCCUCAUAAUACACCGCGCCAGUGGCAUUGAAACACAAACCAAGAUUCAAAAGCUCUCCGAGUUCGUUGAGCCGGUCAAGGCGCAGUGGCGAUCCGAGAAUGUCAGAGCGUCGCUCAACUCCUACUCCAGCUUUUGUGAGUUCCUCGGCCUGGACAGGGCCCAGAAGUACCUGGUCAGCCGUAAGGCACAUGAGAUCAAGGACUGGGGCUCCGCGGAGCUCGAUGCGGAAGGCCUGGCACUCCAGAAUGAACUGGAGGAGAGACUCAAGGCUCUGCCAUUGCGCCCGACGAAAUCAUUCCUGGCAUUUUCGGUAGAGAGGCUAGACAAGUCGUCUGCAGCAUUCCAGGCCUCGUACGCGCUGUGGCGAGAAGGCUACUCCAAUAUUCUUGCCGACCUGCUCGAGUAUCUGAGAUUUGCUCAUGCGACGCACAACCCGGACAACUGGCUGCAUCUUCCUGCCGAAAUGCGACCUGUCGUGCACAAGAUUUUGAGCGACCGGUUCUGGCAGGCGGGUAUAUCUGACGGCAGCAAAGAUGACUUCUACGCCCGCGUGAUAGACAAGAAGAACACUGUCGAGGGUCUUGCAUCAACCAUUCGCGGCUCAGUGCGGUUCGUCAGAGAGACGGCGUAUGCCAUCAUAUACUGUAUGAGCCGGUUGGACCUUCAGUUCUACGGAGUGGACGGACUAUCCGGGCCUCUGUCGAAUGCACUGUUUGCCGACUCCAUCUGGCUGUCCACCCAUCAGCAGACAAAUCUGUUGAACCUGGUCCGAUACCUGGUAGAUGAUUGUCCAGUGGACCAUCGAGAACAGUUCCUACCACAGCUGAUUUCAGCAUGCUUCCGCCAGAUGGACGCCAAGAUCAACGGCGAGUGGGAGAAGAUGGAGCAACAACAGCAGAGCACCAGUGUCGACGGAGAAGCCGGGUUGAAGGAAGAGAUGAAGACUGAGAGCAUCUUGCGCCAGGUCACGUACACGGCCGUGAUGAUGGUGGCGGACUUUCUCGACCCCACAAAGUCAAAUCCUGGCACGCUGGCGUCUCGCACCCAAAAUGACGGUGCUGGGGACGAAGCAACGGGUCGAUUUCCAUCUCUGCGGAGGUUCUGCCUCGCCCGUCAAGAAAUCGUCGAGCCGCUGCUCGUAUUCUGCACCCACGGUGUCCGCAUGAGAGACACUCGAUGUUGCGGUAUGAUCCUGCGACUCUUCAUCUCGCUGAUACCGGAGUUUCACAUCCCGCAGCAAGGGCAUGGGCAAGCACGCGUCGGUCAGGGCGCCCAAGAGCCGCGCAUCGCGGGACCACCUGCCAACCCGUCGCCUGUGCCGCCGGAGCUAGCAUCGGUGAUCCGCGAGUACAUUUGUUCGGACGUCUUGAAGGCUUGCGUUACGUCGUUUCACGAGCCGUACUUUGUGGAAGUACAGAAGGAGCUGGCGUCGUUGAUUGCCACCAUUGUCGUCUACUACGGCUCGUUGACGGCAACGCCUCGCAACGUGCUCUUGUCGCUGCCGAACAUCAACCCGGAGGAGCUGGACCGAUUGAGCGAGUACAUGACGAGACCGGGAUCACAUAUGCGACAACAACGGGCCAUUGUGAUGGAGCUACUCAAAGACCUCAAGGGAGUAAGCGUGUCCGAGAUGGGGAAGCUGGCCAAGAGCGCGGGAUUUGGCGGGACGUCGCGUGGCAAGCGGCACAACCGGAGCAAGAUGGCUCAGGGGUUCAUGAACGAAGGCCCGCCUGCGGAGUCGGGGGCGACGCGGGGGAGCGGGAUGGCUGGCGGGCGCAGAGCCACGCCAGAUGCACUCGAAGGGGUGUCAAACCUGUUCGAGGGCUAG